AUGAGCUCUGCCUCUUCUCCUCAUCCUUAUCUUCUCCACUGCUCUGAAGCCUCUCACAUCUCUCACAGAAAUGAAACCCCUGGGCAUCACUGUGGUCCUGGUGGGACUACUGGUCGGGGUAUGGGCUCAGAUCAAUGUGCUGCGGCCCAUGUGCGACUCCCCUGAGGCAGAGGAGGCUGCCAUGGUGGCUCAGGAUUACCUCAAUGCCCAGCACACUCACGGUUACAAGUAUGCCUUGAACAGGAUCGAGGACAUCAAGAUCAUCACCAUGCCUACUGGAGACAAUACAUAUGUCCUGGAAAUUGACCUACUGGAGACAGACUGUCAUGUGUUGGACCCCACACCUGUUGCCAACUGCACUGUCAGACCCAAAGUGUUGACGGCAGUGGAAGGAGACUGUGAUGUGGUGCUGAAGAAGGUUGGUGGAGCUCUGACUGUCACCGAAUUCAAGUGUAAAACAGAGGAAUCAACAGAGGACUUCUGCUUGGGCUGUCCUACCCUCCUUCCACUAAAUGACACCAGAGCUCUGGACUUUGUCCACGCCUCUCUGGCAACCUUUAAUAACAAUACUGUAAAUGUGACUUACACAAUUCUGGAGGUUGGACGGAUGUCGACACAGAUUGUGUCUGGUGGGCCAGUGUAUUUAGCAGAAUAUGUCGUAGUUGAGGCUAAUUGCACUGAUGGCGCCUGUGUGCCCCUGAAUGACCCCAUCGCUGAACAUGGUAUUUGUACUGCUAAGGGUUUCACAGCUGCUCACUCAGUGAACUGCAAGAUGUUUCCCAUUUUGAUGCCUAUUGUAGAUGCCAACAACACGGUACCUGCAGCUCCUGUCUUGCCACCAAUGGUCCACGGACAUACAGGCGGCCUGUCACACAAGCAUGGUCUAAGACACCACAAACUGACCACUCUCUAUAGCCCUGUUCUGACCAGCCUUCUGUCUGCAGAAUCAGCAGAGUCAGCUGAAGUUGUACCUGUAGUCCAUGUAGUGGUUGAUGCUGCUGCACCUGCUACACCUGCUGCUGAUCCUGUACCUGCUGAUCCUGCACCUGUUGAUCCCGCACCUGAUGCUGCUGCUGAUCCCGCUCCAGCUGCGGACUUUGCAUCAGCUUCAGAUGCCACAAUGAGUAAGGAGGUCCCUCGCAUCUUGUUUAAGAGAGAUGUGGCUGCUGCCUCUGCACCAGCUGACACCCCCGCGGCUCAAACAGACCCUCUUCUUCUUGUGCCAGUGUGCCCAGGAAGAGUCAGAUUCUUCAAGUGAACAGGUCCCACAGACUCUCUGUAUUUGCCUCCUUCAUAUACACUGCUGCUAGUGUCACUUUGAUUGAUAUACAUACACAAGAAUCCAUUGUUUGAAAUUGUUGAGAGUGCAUAAUGUAUUUGAAAACGGCUCCUGAAAUUUCUGCAAAAUUGUUGAUAAAGAUGGUGCUGAAUAAAUCUCUCAAGUCCAAA